GGACCCAGUGUGGGUCUUUAGCAGCUUCCCCGGAAGCUGAUAGUGGUGGUGGUACUUUGUAUACAUCUUACAGCCAGAAUGUAGCCUAACUGUUUACAAAUGCGACAUAGAAGGCGCCGGGUCUGAAAAUUGGCUACAUUGUUUCAAGCCUGUGUUCGACUGAACUAGAGACUACGCAUGUAUCGAGUGUCCGUGGGAGGGAGAGAGGAGAAACCAUUGGACAUCCGAUAAGGGAUCGCAAGCACUGUUGAGGGUGAGGCUUAAAUUGAGCCACCAUGACUGCCCUUAGGCAGAGGAAGGGCAGCAAGGGAAGUAAGGAGCCUGGUCCAGAGGUCCUGAACCAGAGGUUCAACUCUUCAGCAGAGCACCUAGAGAGGACUUCAGACGGCGUAUGGACAUGGAGGACAGUGCUAUGGGUUGCCAUAGGUUGGAUUGUGGGAAUUAGUCUUGGCAUGCUGUGCUGCAUCUAUGUGGCUACUCUCCAUGAAAAUGACCUGUGGUUUUCCAACAUUAAGGAAGUUGAGCGUGAAAUCUCCUUUCGGACAGAAUGUGGCCUGUACUACUCGUACUAUAAACAGAUGUUGAGAGCUCCCUCCAUACUGCAAGGUCUUUCAGAACUCAUCAAUGAUAAUGCCACUGAAUCCAAGAGAACCAUCAACCUCCUGCAACGCAUGAACAUCUAUCAGGAGGUGUUCCUAGGUGUUCUCUAUAGGAUUCUACCCAUACAGGCCUACCUGGAGCCAGUGUAUUUCUAUAUCUACACAGUGUUUUCCCUCCAGGCGGUGUAUGUCAUUGCCCUAUUCAUCACCAGCUGGCUGCUCAGUGGCUCCUGGCUAGCAGGGGCUCUCACUGGAGUCUGGUACAUCCUCAACAGAGUGGACACAACGCGGGUGGAGUUCACCAUCUCUCUCAGGGAGAACUGGUCCCUUCCCUUCUUCGCUCUCCAGAUAGCUGCCAUCACUUGCUACCUGAGGCCUCACCUCAAAACCAUCCAGCAGAAGGUGGUGUUGUGGCUGAUGUUCCUGGCCACGUUGUGUUUCUGCCUCACCUGGCAGUUUAAUCAGUUCAUCCUGCUGGUUCAGGCUCUCAUCAUCUUCACCCUGGACUGUUUGGACCUCAUCUCCACAGAACAGGUGACCUGCCUGUACCUAGUCCAGGUAAGCAGCCUGCUAUCUGUGUGGCUGCUGCAGUUCUGUAACUCCAUGAUCCUGGGCUCUCUGGCUCUCAGCUUCAUUGUGGCCGCUCUCUUUGUCAAGCACUUCCAGAGAGGGCUGAAGACGGGAGGUCUUUCAGCGCGGCUGGGAAAGCUGCUCCUUCACACCGUCCUCGUCCUUGCACUUACAUUCACUAUUAAUUAUUUAGCCAAGCAAGCGUUGCAGCUCCGAUCUGAUGAACACAUCUUUAAAUUCAUAAAGUCCAAGUUUGGCUUGGGGCCUACGAGAGAUUUCGAUGCCAGUCUGUACCUGUGUGAGGAAGCCUUUGGGCUGCUUCCCUUGGACACGUUUGACCGCUUGGCUGGCACUCUGCUGGCAUACCCUUACCUCGUCACCCUGAUUGUGCUCCUGGUGAUGCUGGCGCUGGUAACACUGGCCAACCUCUGUGAGUCUUCAGCGGUUGGGCGGCCGCUGAAAGGCCGAUGCGAGGAGCGGAUGAUCUGUAUGCGGGCAGAUGUCGCCUACAAUCUGUUACACACUGUCUUCUUCGGCCUCCUGGCGUUCAGCACCAUGAGAAUGAAAUAUCUGUGGACUGGCCAUAUGUGUGCCUUUGCUGCCUAUGGCGUGUGUGGCAAGGAGCUGUGGUCCCUCUGCCUUAACAUGAUCCGCUGUAACACUAAAACAAAGCUGAGGCUGAUCAGGUACACGGUUCCACUUGUCAUUCUGGGCUUUCUAUAUUACAAGUUCUGGCCCAAACUGAUGACGGAAGUAUCAGAACUGAGAGAAUUCUACGACCCUGACACUGUUGAGCUGAUGACCUGGAUUAGCUCAAAGACCCCCAAGAAGGCGGUGUUUGCUGGGAGCAUGCAGCUGCUGGCUGGGAUCAAACUGUGCACAGGGAGAGUCCUGACUAACCACCCACACUAUGAAGACCGAGCCCUGAGAGAGCGGACCAGACAGGUGUAUCAGAUCUACGCCCAGCAAUCCCCAGAGGAGGUCCACAGGAUCCUGCGUGCGGCGGGGGCUGAUUUCGUGGUGAUGGAGGACAGCAUCUGCUACGAGAGGAGGCAUGGCCGGGGCUGCAGGCUCAGAGACCUGCUGGAUCUGUCCAACGGACAUAUCAUGGAUGGCCCUGGGGACAACGACCCAGACUUGGUCCACGCCUCCCACCCUCGCUUCUGUGAGUCCAUCAAGACAGACGGCCCUGCCUACACAGCCCUCUUCACCCGCGUGUUCCAAAACAAGACCUUCCACGUGUACAAGCUGAAGAAGGGCAAGAAGAGAACCAAGGCAGACAGAGAGCCGGUGGAGGAUAAAACCCAGUAAGAAGACCCUGGGUACCCCAUAAACAAUCCCCACCCACCCUUAUCCAGCCGCACGCCCAGUCUCCGACUCGGCCUCCUGCUCCCUGUCAUGUUGAAAACCUGAUGACUGCUCUGUGCUCCCUGCUCUCUGGUCUACCCGACUUCAUCUGGAACCAUGGCUGCACCCUCCCUCCCGUCCGCCGCCCUCCCUCCUUCCGUCCCUCCCUGCGCCACGCCAGCCAGAGGCAGGUAAUCACGGCUGGCUGACACGGCGCUGAUUUGAGCAGCGUCUGAUUGUGGCGGGCGAGCAGAUGAGCACAUGCAUAUCAAACCAGGGCUUUGUGUCAGGAGGCUCAUGUUUAAACAGGAGAGGAGGGAUGAAGGCGCAUCACAACAACGGCUUUCACCCAGACUGAAGGCAGAGCAAAGAAGAAAGAGGAGAGGGACCUUUGAGAGGGGGCUGAUUGAAAGCUAGAGCAGUGUGGGUCAUUAUUGCGAAGGCCAGUCUGGUCUCUUUGGUGGCUGGGUCUGCAGCCUGACUGCACAGCUGCACCCUGUGCCAUUUCCUUAUUUUUAAACCGUGCCAUGUCUCGUCUCCACUUGUUAAUGAGGACUCGUCUUUUUGAUACUCGCUCACACAAACACAAAGUUCUGCAUAAGUUGUCAGUUGUGGUGAAUCAAGGGGAAGUGCCAUUCUCAUUGUAAUUCAUAACAGUCAUAUCACUGUGAAGAGUAUUUGCUUAUUCAUUCCCUUGCAUUGAAAUUGGAUGUUUAAUUUAGGAGUUGGCUGAGAGUUUCUUCCACGAGGGAGGAGUAAUUCCAUUAUGUUUGCCUAAUAAGUGAAUACUAAUGUAGUUGUUGAGCAUUGACAUUGUUAAUUUUCAUAUUUAUUCAUAAUUCAAUUUAGAUGCAUUGGUCAUUUAAACCAACAGUAUUUUAAUGGAAAUGAAAUAAGGAAAUGUUAGAGCAGAUCAUUCAUUAACUGUGUGUAUUCACUCAAAACUCAACACCACAGAAUAAUACAGUAUUAUGUAGAAGGACUGCAUUGUGGGUAAACCAUGACCACUGGCCAAUGUUGAAUUAGGUGAAUGGUUAACAUAUUCAUGGCAACUGGUCUAUGCAGAUUUUUUUCACAUUUUGGUGCGUUACAAAGUGGGAUUGAAAUAGAUUUAAUUGUGAUUUUUUAAUUUUCAUUGAUCUACA